AAGGAGAUAGUGCAGGUUAUCAAUGCCGAACUUUAAAGUAUCCCUCAGGAAAAAUAGAAUGUGUUUACAAGUCCGUUUCUGCAAACAAGGAAGGUGAGUGAAAUGAACAUCAUGAUGCUUAUAUACAGAAAAAAACACUGCAUUUAUGUAUAUGGGAACUAAUGGUGACAGAAUAUCACUUUGAGAGUUGAUUCUACUCCUUGAAAUUUACAGUGUAUACUGUUUGUUCCCUGCAUUUGUAUACAGGACAAUGAUAUUUGAACUUGACUACUAGUCAUUAUAUUAAUUCGUUCUUUUGAUUGCCACUGGAUGAAAAUUCUACUGUUAAGAAUUAAGAAACUAUUAGUUGUUUUUCCAUAAAUGUUUUGUUUUUACCUUGACACUUUCGUUCCCUUUCGUUCUUCAAAGUAGCUACAAUCGUAGCACGAACUAAUGAAAGACCAUGCAUAUGAUUAGACCAUUUAAUCUGUUUUACCUUCCUCGAUCCCCCCCCCCCCUCCCCCCUCCAAUGUUGGAUGGAUUAGGAAAAAGACGACGAACAUUGCAUGAGGUGAGGGAAUGUUGUGUGACUUUUUCACAUGUGUUGAAUUAAAUUUUUGCCGGGAUUGCAGCAGCAUCCUGUUUGCUAUAAAGUCGCUUAGGCAACCGAAUUAAGAAAAAUCAUCGACAGUUAAAACUAUAAUAAAACAAUAACAGUGAAAGCAACGCCCAAUCAUGAACAAUCUCGCUUACCAGAUUGAACAUAAAGCCAUGCAGGUGCACACGAUGCGAUUUUAAUCAGCCGCCAUUAAAAUUAGUAAAAAUCCUUGAAUGCCUGUAUUGUGUGAUUUUUAGGCGAAUUUUGAUUUAUGCGAAUUAUUUCGAUCUAAACAUCGUGUGUAAUCCUACCCGAUAAAAAUAUUCCUGAAAGAAAAAUUGUUGUCUUUCAAUAGACUACCAUUCCUACAUCAUGUUUCCAAGGAUCAACUUCGCUGGAAAGGUGGAAUUUUAUCCCGCGACAAUGAACAACAUCUUCAACAACUUUGAUAUCAACACGUUCGCUCCUGCAGACACAAAAAUAAAUCACAGGAAUUGGAAUCCCUCGGGAUCAAAUAAUGUUCGUCUGGUAGAUGUCACUGUGACGAGAGUUUGUCAUAACGAAGGUUUAUGUGUUUACCAAUCACAUAAUGACCCCCUGGCUGGAGCUCCGAUAAAAGGUACACUGUUUAAAUAUGGAUUUAUGAUUUGAUAUUUUAGGGUGAUACAUAAAAUGCUCUGCCGUCUGUCGAUUCCCUCUACCCGCUUUUUCGGGGACGGGUUGCAUUGACCGCCUACCUUCCCCUCCAAUCAAUUGCAAAAAUUACGUGACUCUAUACCCUACCUCCUUCAAACACACAUAGCGACGCUAUUUAUAUUAGUGAGCAACUCGCGCUAAUAGGUCCCUUGACCUUAAUCUGCUUGAAGCGAGUCCCCAAGUCCAAAUAAUAAUAUUUGCCUAUAACCUGGUAUGGCGGUGCCCUAGUAUGUAUACAUGAACUUGUGGCCAAAGCUCGACAACAGGCCUCUGUAGCUCAGUUGGUUUGAGCGCUGCAUCGAAAUCAGUUGCAGUGCCGCAGGGUCAAUUCCAUUUUUCGCAGCUGUUCCUGGUCAGGCCCAUAAAUGAAUUAUGUAUAUAAAUUUUCACUUGAUAAAUUCCAUCUACAAUACCCUUUAAUUUUUAUUCAAACGUGUGAAAUGCCAACAAAAUAUUGAUAUUGGACGACUAAAGGCCACACCACACAACGAUAACGAUAACUUGUAUACGCACGCUGACUGGUCAAAAAUUUAUCGUAAUCGUCCGACUGAAAAAAAAUUCUCAUAUGAGCGAUUUUAAAAUCUUUAUCGUCAAACGAUAAUUUUAUCGUUUUCGUUGUAGUGCGGACAUCAACAUAAUUUUUUCACCAAUUAUCGCGUGUUUACAAGUUAUCGUAUUGUUAUCGUUGUGUAAUGUGACCUGGGAUUAACCCUUCUAUUUUUCCGGUUUUGUCCCUGUGCGACUUUUGAUUUCACAUUUGUUCAAAAUUAGCAGAGUAUCAGGGUCUAUAUUUCACAAGUAAAGCCUGACGGGAACCUUAAAGAUGCUGUAAAGUCCGUUCUGCGCAGGCCUAUAUUCCAAUGGUCGGGACCCAACCAUUGCAAUGUUAUUAAUAUUUCGCACCUUCCGAAUUUUCUUGAAUUGAAUGUCUAGUCUGUAUUCAUUUACAAGUAUAGCGAACAAGAACAGUGUUAAAAAUUCAGUAUAAUAUAUAUCUAAUUUUAGGCUACAACUGUAGCACCGAGUUCAAAAUGUAAACAAAGCGUUUGCUUAUACAUUACGGACUUUACAUCACCUUUAAUCCGGGCGCUAUCCACGCACAUUUUACCCUGAAUUGAUAAUUUUACAUGUGAAAUUGAUUUUCACAUAUGAUCCUUUAAUUUCACAUAUGAAACAAUAUGAUGUGAAACUGAAAUUGGUAAUUUCGUGAAAGUCUUAAAUUGUACGCACGAAUGGUCAUAUAAUAUUCACACGUGAAAUAUCCCAAUUCUACAUAACAUUUUCCGUAAGAGUAUAUGCUUCCAAUCUCUUGUAACAUUCGCCAUGUACGUGUCUUAAAAACGAAUUUUAGAAUCCCACUUAUACAUGCGACAUGGUUAAUGAACCCUACUUAUGAUUUGUUAAUUAAAGAGUUUUCUUAUUUUUUCCUCCAUAUAUAGACCGAGCAAACGGUAAAGUUGCAGCAAAGCUUGUAGAUCUCGAUGUAGAAGUACAAGGAACAAUUUCUGAAAUAUAUGGGCUAUCCAUAGAUGUGGGAGGAUUCUUCAAGGGGGAUAUGGAACGUGCUUCAUUCCAGUCAGUGUGGUACAAAUUGAUAGAUGGGCCGAAAAAUCACCAUAGCAGAGGCUCAAGGUUUCAGAGUGUUCUCCAAAAUGUCCAAUUUUCUGCAAAAUAUAGUGACUCGAAAAUUGUUAAGCAUUUAAAGGAAAACUUGGGACCGAAUCGACAAUUGUCUAUAUGUUUCAAUAUUGAUUUGAUGGGUGAGCGUCCUGCAUUUAACUUUAGUUUUGCUAGGAUCGUAGGUUCAAUUGGUUUAGCUGGAGAGAAGGCACCGCAUUUCUUUGACUAUGGACGUUUGUUACGUCGCUUACCAGCAACAAGGGAACUUAGCUACGCGCCAUUCACCGUAGAUGAAACUAGAAAGAAGAUUUAUAUUGACUUAGGAAACUCUCUCGGUAUUGGCAAAAAUGGAGACAUCUUAAUUUCAGUUGGACAAUUGGCUCUUGGCGUUUAUGCUGGCAAGGCAGUAACGGGCGUAGAUACUCCCAAUUGUUUGGAUAAGAUUACAUGGAUUUCAAGAAUUUACUACAACGAAUAUGGUGGAUACACGUUCACUGCCGGCAUAAGCGUAAUCGAUAUUCCAAGCUACCUGGAACGUAAGCUAAAUAAACAAUUCGUUUUAGCAGAGGUAAGUAGCUACGUUGCGAAAUAAAAACCAAAAAGAUCUAUAUCGAAAUAAAUGGUUAUUAUUUCAAUCCUACAAUUAGUAUUUUAGAUUCAUCUUCAUGCCGAACUGACCUAGAAAUAUCUAAUAAGUAUUAGCGCUCUCUCGGUGUAUACAAGAAAUGCUGAAGUUGGUAUAUACGAAUUACAUUAAUUACAUAAUGGACAAAUAGAUAAGAUAUUGCCGUUGUCUGCUCAGUUAUAGAUAAACAGUAUGACGUCAUGUGGGAAGAACAAAAAAGUCUCGAAACGUGAUGAAACCGCAUAUGCAGCUAGUGUAUAUUAUACUAACUUUAUAUACUUAAAAUGCGCGACCUUCCGGCGACGAUAAUGUAUACCGGAGUUUCGGUCGAAGAUUCCUGUAAUACGCGGGUUCGUUGGGCUACUUGCAUGAUGAUCCUUAACUCCCUCUUUAUAGACAACGUUUUCUACAAAGCACAUUCUUGCCUUUUCUGCAGUCGCAGUUGCAAUUGUCGUUAUCUAAAGAAUUGGUAUUGAGAACUCUUUGGUCUUUUUGUCAUUAAAAACGUAAAUAAGUAAUUGUAAUUAUAGCUCAAAUGGGGCAAUUCGGAGUGAUACCCAAAAAUCCUUUCAUGCUUAGUUUUUAACAACUGUUUCCAACAAGGGUAGUAGUUUAAAUGUUAUUCUUUAUUUUUCAGAUUGAUGAAGGCGGAGACUGCCUGAAUAUUCUCCUUGCAGAAAAUAAAGAGGGAAUAAAUGUUCGUUCAAAUAGUCAUUUUAUAUACCGAGCGCAAUAUGGAGACGUCACACAUGGCAACUUAUUUGUUACUAUAUUUGGAAAAGCACCAACUGCUGAUCAAAAUAUUAAUUUGAAGUUGGAGACAGCUGAUUCAAUUAUCACCGAUCAUCCACUGGGUCCCGCCCAGCCGUUUGGAUUAUUCAAAGAUACGGUUGACCCCACCAUCUACAACUAUUACUUUUACGCCAUGAAUGAUCCCAAUAACAUUCGAGAGAUAAUUGAUGGUCAAAUAUAUGCAUUGCAAUACACGUUUAAUGGUUAUCCCUUAAACCCAAAUCAAAACGAAGCAAUGAACACUGCGAUUUUUAUCUAUGUCUACGAUCAAGUAACUGCAAAUGACCAACCAACAUGGGUUACAGACAUACUUCCAAUUUUCCAACUUUAUGCUAACCUCUUCCCUGUAAUGCGAAGUUUUGUCAAUCUUGGGGAUUACAACAGUGUGGUCGAGAAGAAAUGUCAUAUACUUACAGCAAUGUCGUUGGAGUUUAGGGAUCCUCAGUUCAUGCCAGUGACACGAGAUCUUUCGCCGAAGAAAACAGAAAUGAUUUUAAGAUGGCUGGAUGAUGAUAAACCUGAUUUCGGUCUCACACACCAAGCACAAGUAACCAAACAACAUUUACUGAAUAUGCUUCAAACUGCACUAGAGCUGGAACAUGCCACAAUACCAAUUUACAUGAAUGGAUUUUUAUCAAUAAAACCAUGGCAAAAUGACGAGGUUAAGAAAAUGUUACAUCAGAUUAUUGUGGACGAAAUGUUUCAUUUUGCUCAAGUUGCUAAUAUCAUAAACGGCCUUGGAGGGCGGCCUUAUCUUUUAGGGAAUACAUUUGUUCCUGCUUUUCCAAGUCAUCUACCAGGAGGAUGUCGCCCUAACAUGAUAGCAAGUAUUAAUAAAAUGUCUACGCAGCAAGUUCGUGAUGUGUACAUGGAAAUUGAAGAACCUUCGUAUGUCCUGAAAGAUCAUGAGUUGGUUGCACUAAUCAACAAAAUUUCUACAGGUAAAAAUAACUGCAAAAGCAGUAGAACGAUAAACCUUUAUUUCACGUAUUAUAUCUAUGUGCCUACCACACCUUGUUAGCGCUUCGUAGGCCCUACAUAUUUAACAGGCCCUAUAUUUAACUUUGUAAAUGUGCAAUGCUAGCAUUGCACAUUUACAAAGUUAAAUAAAUCCUCUGUUUACUCGCUCAUAUGCGCAGUUGGUAAACAUCUGCAUAAGAAAAAUAGAAUGUAGUAGAAAAGUCUAAUAUGGACAUAUUCAUUCGGCCUUCUCAGUACUUAUACCUGCAAUCUUAGAUUUUGAUGAUCAGACACUUUUAACUUUUAUCCUUUAAUAGACAAUCUGAAAUCAACAAACGAAGGCGACGAAGGUAAGAAUCGUUUAUAACUUCCUGGGAUGUCGCGCACGCCCGUUUAUAUUUAGUUAUAGUUAGGCUAUAUUAUUUCAAAUCCGCCUCUGAGGACUGAACUAGAUUUCAAGUCCGCGAAAUUGGAUAAUUAAUGAGUUUGAAAUCAGAAUGUAACAGAAUCGUGUUGCAAAAAGGCUAUCACGCAUUUUUGAUUUUGCUCUUGACCUAUUUAACGGAUAUAGGAACGGUUCUGGGAAAGGCGUUUAAGUCUCUAUCUACCAUUAACUCACUAUAGUAUUUAUUUCCUAAAUUUAAACGUUCGAAAGAUCGUGGUUUAUGAAACCAAUCUACCGUUGUUCUCUGGUUAAGUUGCGGCUAUUCAGUGAGUGCUAUGCGCUGAUAACUCGAAGUAAAAUAUUAUAAAUUUUCUUCAAAGAGGGUUAAAUUUUCAAAUUGAUUUCUUUUUGUUCUAAAAUUCAGGACACUCACUAGCAUGGCCAUGACUUUAUUGUUUUCUUAUUGCAAGAUAUAUGUAAUGUAUAGUCCUGGGGCCGGUUGCAUAAAAAACGUCUUUAACUUUAACUAUGAUUAGCGUUAAAGGUGACAUGACACGAAAUUUUUUAUUGCCCCAUCUGAAAGAAUCGUCAAAACUGGAAAGCAACUUCUUCUGUACAUUUUUGUUUAUGUGCUUCCUUGGUUAGAUAAUUCAGUUUUCGUGAUAUGCAGUGCAAACAAAUUUACGUCACACUUUGCAUAAUGAGUUAUCGUUAUACGCCAGGUUAUCACUUUUUUAAGUUGUUUGAAAAUUCACAUGCGUUAUGCUGAGAAUAAUGUAAAGCAUACGUAUAUGCAGUUUUCCAAAUGACGAUGUUGGAUAAAAAUACAUAAAUUAUCAAAUAUUUCAGGUAGCUCAUUAUGCAAACUGUAACGUAAAUUUGUUUGCAAUCGGCAUGUGAACAAACCUGAAUUAUCUCACCAAGGAAGAAUGUAAACGAAAAUCUGUAAAAGAAGUUACUUUACAGUAUUGUCUAUUCUUUCAGAUGGCACAAUAAAAAAAAUUCGUGUCAUGUCACCUUUAAUCACUGUAUGAUUAUAGUUAACUACAUUGUGCAAAUAUAGGCGGGAAUUUUAUUCAAAAUAGUGAAAAAUAAGCAAGAAAACAAGGAAUAAAUCAACAAAGAAUGCCGUUUUACCUGAAACGUCUACGUUAAACCAAAGUGUAACUGCAUGUUUGGCAAUUAUACACCAUGUUUCUUCGUGUAAUGGGCCCUACGUCGUAUUCGAGAAAUCUUCCCGUGCAAAAAUAUAUUUUGUUUUCGCCAAGAAAAGCAAAGCAAGGUAUCACAGGUUGUGUAUUGACAUUUGGUUCUCGGUUUUGUUCUGUUUUUGACUAGGUGGAGAUCCAGGAAAAUGUGCCAAAGCACUUUCUUUGUUUCCUCUUCCUAACAAAAAAAUAGCCAGGAAAAACCAUAAAACAAUCGGCGAUUUAUACAUGUCCGUGGUGUACAUCCUUGGGCAAUUAAGCAUUUGUGGAAAGAAAGACAUCUUCACUGGAAAAACAAAACAAUUGAAAUGGUCAGACCCGGAACUUCUCAGAGAGGUUAAAGAUUACGAUAGUGCUUUAAAAGCGAUGAAGGCAAUUGUAGAUCAAGGCGAAGGGGCGUCGGCGUAUAAUCCAUUGCAACAGAAUGUGGAUUCUUCCGAGUUGGCUCAUUAUUUCAAGUUUUCAUCGAUAUUUCAUGGUAGACAAAUUACGACCUUUAAUGUAACCAACGAGAAAGUCUACAAUAACAACGAACAGGUAAAUCAACGAUAUUGUACAAUUGCAUUGUAUAUUUUACACCAUACGGUACAGUUCCGCUCAUUACAAAGUAUUGGCAGGCAGUACAUCUCAAGCAGAAUACUUACUAAUUCCAUUCCACAAAAUCUAUUUACUUAUUAAUUACCAUCUUAUGCCAUAUUAUAGUUCUGCGUUGUUGCAAUGCCCAACAUACCAGUAAUACAAUCACCAAUUUCCAGAAACUUUGCAUUUAAGUACCGUUAUACGGUAACGGGGAUUUCUAGCUUAGAUGCGCCUUCACUGAUUGAGUCACGACACUGGAUGAAUGGGUAACAGCUCUUACUACGAUAAUCCGUCCACACAACAUUGGUGGCGGCGACCAUAUUCAAAAACGCAAAUCAAUAUAUAAAUUUUAAUCAGUUAGCAUGUCGCCUCUCUAGAUCAGCUUCAUUAUAAAUCCUUGGUUAUAAAAACAAUUCGAAAUGUUUUAUUCAAAUUAAAAAUGCUGUGCUGAGUGGUUAUAUUACUACCUUAAAAAAAAGAAGAAACUCGACGUUUCGACUAACUCUUGACGAAGGGCCUUCGCUCGAAACGUCGAGUUUCUGCUCAUUUUUUAAGCUAGUUAUAUAACCACUCAGCACAGCAUUUUCACAUUGAUACUGCCUUCACUGGUACAGGCAGUUUUAGUAUUUAUUCAAAUUACUCAUGAUCAGAAUUAAUUUCCCAAAGAGCCCAAAUAUCUUAAUAGUUCAAGACGAUAACCUAAUGUGGUGCCGUGAUUCUUUAUAAGUUUGUUACAAUUGUUACAAGUUAGAAAUUGUUACAAUUGUUACAAGUUACGCUGCCUGGCAGUCAAGCUGACGUCAUGUUGUAGACAUAGUACGACGAUUAUUUUAUGAUUUUAAAUCAUGGCAAAAUCUCUUCCCAUUUCUUCAAAGCAAAAUUAAAAACAUCGUUUUAUUAAAUAAAUUCUAUGAUAUUACUCUCCUAUUUGUACGUUUUUAAGAUCUUGCUACAUUGUAAUUUCAUAUCCUGGUAUUCUGGUAGUUCGCUCUACUUUUGAGAUUAGUGAGGUAUUACACAGCAUACGACCCAAUAAAUAUGGCGUUUCUAUCGGCUUUUAAGUCAGCCUCGCAGCGCCGGAUUAUAGCGAUGGGGGUUAGAGGAAAAAGGUAUAUUUAAGUUGUUGUUCGGGGAAAUAAAAAAUUGUCCUAUUAACGGUAUGGUCGCGCGCGUAUUAACGAGGUGGUAGAAUGGCGGGAUUCCACUCUAGGUAUAUUACCGCCCUCUGGUAAAAAAUUCUGCGUACGGCUCUCCAGCUUAGUAAUGACAUACAUUGUUAGAUAUAUUAUAAAGAAUAAUAACUUUAAUAAAUUUUUCACCAGGAAUCACAUGAGAACUAUGUCUACGCAGGUGACAAAAUUUCUUUCUUCGAAACUGGAGUCUGGCCUGUGGUUAAUGACCCACAAAUGUCAAAGUACAAGCCUGAUAGUCAGGCUUAUAAGAAUGCACAAGCUUUCAAUGAUGUGUACAGGAAGUUAUUGGAGACCUUGCAAAGUGUAUUCGAUGGCAAUGUUGACAGGUAA